AUCGUCACCUUCCUCAAUGAAGCGAUGGGAUAUAUACACAGUACCAGUCUGCGAUGGUCUCUGCAGUACGAAAAUCGACUGACAUUCAACUCGAAUCUGCGACUACUAUCCAGCUCGAAGCGUUCGAAGCCUAAUGCUUGGUGGUGCAACAUUGCGUUCCUCGUAUGCAUCAUAUUAUCAUAUGCCACCACCUCCCUCAUUUUUCUAGGAUACAACACCACGCUUGGAAGAGUUCUGAACGACAACGACAACAACAGUAGCCUCGAAAACAUAAUCCAAGUCUCUGGAGUGGCCCUCAUCAUAUUCGGCUUGUCACUGCUCGGACAGGCAGGACUCUCCACCUGGGCUCUCCGCUCCACCAAGAUCCCCACCUGGUCCUCAAAUCCCCUCGAUACGGUCUACGCGUGUACCGAUGAGACAAACCCCAAUCAACUCGUUCGUCGAAAGGAUCGCUGCAUGAAAUCUGUCCACGAUAUCACAGAAGACUCCAAACCCGUCACGCCAAAAGAAAGACAAGGGCCAGCCUGUACCGCUCACCCAGAAGUGAAAUGGGUCCUCACACUCCUCUGGGCUCUAGUUCCUCUCGGCGCCGUCUGGGGAGGAGUAAUCUACGCCAUGAUCCUGCACAAAAAUCCUCAUGGUGUUAAAGGAGAUUCAUGGUCAUUCAUCCCACUGUUCACAGGCUCAACAUACAGUAAUGGCACCUGCGUAGCCGCACGCUGCACGCAAGGAACAUCCGUGUUGAACGUAGGCUGGACAGCCAAUAACGGGACGGCCAAUAGCGGCAUGGCAGGCAACGUUGGCUCUAUAUUCCUCAUCGCUGGUUUCCAAGCAGGACUCACUCUCGCUCUCCAUUGCGCCGAGCUCCUUGUUAAUCUCUCUCGCGACGAAGGAAUUUUCCGCAUGGCAAUAACUCCCAAAGGAACCGAUCCCCGCUACAACAGUAUCAUAGCCGCGUUCUCAUCGUGGCAAACCAUCACACUCUUUAUGUUCAAAGCUGCUGUCCACUGGUUGUUCGGUCUAGCUAUCAACAACGAUUUCAAGCUCGGAGUCAACAUGUAUCCACCGCAAAUUUUCUACUUCACAGCCUUCUCGUUCGGGGUAGCUGUCUUUGCCAGCUAUGUUAGUCUGAGGAGACCGGUCGGGCCGUUGCCAGCUACGUUUGGACAUCUGCAGACGAUGGCAGAUUUGAUUGAUGAGUGGGAGGACAGGAUGUUUUGGGGACAUAAGGAGAGUGGGUAUCCAAACUAUGCGGGCACGAGCUCAAAGAGAUUAGAUAUGCCCAGGUGGCAUGAACUUUAUGGUGGU